AGGUUCCUGUAUUAUUUCUGUGGCUGAACUACAACCUGCCCCGCUAAUCAUUUUGGUACCAUUUACCAAAAACGCUUUCCAACCGGCGGAAGACGGACACAUCUCUGACAGGAUUGAAACGGGUUGUGUCGAGCCAUGGCAUUCAGCAAAGGUUAUCGUAUUUAUCAUAAAUUGGAUCCACCUCCAUAUAGUGUUAUUGUGGAGACCAGAAAUCGAGAGGAAUGCCUGAUGUUCGAGUCGGGAGCUGUUGCUGUACUGUCGGCAGCAGAGAAGGAAACCAUCAAAACAGCAUACACAAAGAUGCUGGAUGCUUAUGGCAUCCUGGGAGUUCUUCGUCUUAACCUUGGGGAUUCUAUGCUACACAGCCUGGUGGUCGCAACAGGAUGCAGUUCAGUAGGCAAAGUCCAGGAUUCUGAAGUCUUUCGGGUAACUGGCACCGACUUUGUGUCUCUGAAGAAUGACCCCUCGGAUGAGGACCGGAUCGCUGAUGUGAGGAAAAUCUUAAACUCGGGUAACUUCUAUUUUGCCUGGUCCUCUACUGGAGGGAGUCUGGACCUCAGCUUGAACGCACACCGUAGAAUCAGAGAAGACAUAUCGGACAAUCGAUUUUUCUGGAAUCAGUCCCUGCAUCUCCAUCUGAAGCAUUAUGGGGUGAAUUGUGAUGAUUGGCUGCUGAGGUUGAUGUGUGGUGGAGUGGAGAUCCGCACCAUCUACGCUGGACACAAGCAGGCCAAAGCUUGCUUGAUCUCGCGGCUUAGCUCGGAGAGAGCAGGCACACGUUUCAAUGUCCGGGGCACGAAUGAUGACGGGCAGGUGGCCAACUUUGUGGAGACUGAGCAGGUUAUUUUUCUUGACGACAAAGUGUCCUCCUUCAUUCAAAUACGAGGCUCAAUACCUCUAUUUUGGGAGCAGCCGGGUAUUCAGAAACACUUGUUACAGGGGAUUUUGUUGCAGCUGAAUCAAAGUCGCCACUCAGACCCAAAAGGACUGCAUAGAAAAAAACAGCUGGUUGGUUCCCAUCGUGUAAAGCUGUCCCGUGGUUUUGAAGCAAACGCACCGGCUUUUGAGAGGCACUUUAGUGCUCUGAGGAUGCUGUAUGGCAAACAGGUGAUCAUCAACUUGCUGGGUACGAAGGAGGGGGAAAACAUGCUCAGCAAAGCAUUCCAGAGUCACCUGAAAGCUUCAGAACAUGCGAACGCUGUGAAAAUGUUGAACUUUGACUAUCAUCAGAUGGUUAGAGGUGGGAAGACUGACAAGCUUAACACUGUUCUGAAACCUCAGAUCAUCAAGUUUCUGGAGGAAUGUGGUUUCUUCUACUACUCCGGGGAAGCCGGCAUUCAGAGAUGUCAAACUGGGACCAUUCGUUCCAAUUGUCUGGACUGCUUGGACAGGACAAACAGUGUCCAGGCCUUCAUUGGACUUGAGAUGCUUCCAAAACAGUUGGAGGACAUGGGUCUGACUGAGAAGCCUCAGCUGGUAGCACGCUUUCAGGAGGUCUUCCGCUCUAUGUGGUCCACCAAUGGAGACUCCGUCAGCAAGAUUUAUGCAGGCACUGGUGCUCUGGAUGGCAAGGCUAAGGGUGGAAAGCUGAAAGACGGAGCUCGCUCAGUCACCAGAACCAUCCAGAACAACUUCUUUGACAGCUCAAAACAGGAAGCCAUUGACAUCCUGAGACUAGGCAGCACUCUCAACAGUGACCUGGCAGAUAAAGCACGAGCCCUCCUCACCACCAGCAGCCUGUACGUCUCUGAGCCUAUUUUACAGUCAGCUUCACCCAGAGUUCUGCUGGGCAUGUGUCAGAACCAUUACAAGUACACACGGCCCAAGAAGAUCAGAGUGUGUGUGGGGACUUGGAACGUGAACGGAGGCAAACAGUUCCGGAGCAUUGCAUUUCGUAACCACACUCUCAAUGACUGGCUACUGGAUGCACCUAAGAAGGCUGGCCACCCAGAAUUCCAGGACAGUAAAUCCAACCCUGUGGACAUCUUUGCCAUUGGCUUUGAGGAAAUGGUGGAGCUGAAUGCUGGCAAUAUCGUCAACGCGAGCACCACUAAUCAGAAGCUGUGGGCUGCAGAGCUGCAGAAGAACAUCUCACGAGAUCAGAGAUAUGUACUGCUGGCUUCUGAGCAGCUGGUGGGGGUGUGUCUGUUUGUCUUCAUACGGCCUCAGCAUGCACCUUUCAUCAGGGAUGUUGCUGUGGAUACAGUAAAGACUGGAAUGGGCGGAGCCACUGGUAAUAAAGGAGGUGUGGCCAUCCGCAUGCUCUUCCACACCACCAGCAUCUGCUUUGUGUGCUCACACUUUGCCGCCGGCCAAUCACAGGUCAAAGAGAGGAACGACGACUAUAACGAAAUUGCACGCAAACUCUCCUUCCCCAUGGGUCGUCUGCUGUACUCCCAUGAUUAUGUGUUCUGGUGUGGAGAUUUUAAUUACCGGAUAAAUCUGCCCAAUGAAGAGGUAAAAGAACUGGUCAGACAGCAGAACUGGGAUGCACUGACUGCUGGAGAUCAACUGGUGGAGCAGAAGAAUGCUGGACAGAUUUUCAGGGGCUUCAUUGAAGGAAAGCUGGAUUUUGCCCCCACCUACAAAUAUGACCUGUUUUCAGAGGACUACGACACCAGUGAGAAGUGCCGCACGCCAGCUUGGACCGACCGUGUGCUAUGGAAGAGACGAAAGUGGAACUUUGAUAAAACUGCUGAAGAGUUAGAGUUGAAUGUAGUUGGAGCCCCUGUGAAUGAAGAAGAUCAGUACCCAUGGAGCCCUGGAGAGCUCAAGUACUACGACAGAGCAGAACUGAAGACGUCUGAUCAUAGGCCUGUGGUGGCCAUCAUCGAUGUGGACAUACUGGAGGUGGAUCCAGAGGCCAGACAUCAGGUGUAUAAGGACGUGAUUGGCCUGCAGGGUCCACCUGAUGGUACCAUCCUCGUCUCUCUCUGCUCGUCUGGUCCUGAUGACUUCUUUGAUGAUGCUUUGAUUGAUGAACUGCUGGAUAAGUUUGCCAACUUUGGUGAGGUUAUACUUAUCAGGUUUGUUGAGGAAAAAAUGUGGGUGACGUUUUUGGAGGGCUACUCAGCUCUAGCUGCUCUCUCCUUGAGUGCCUCCACUGUAAGUGGAAAGACCAUAGACAUCCGUUUGAGGAGUCCUGGCUGGAUAAAGAGUCUAGAGGAUGAAAUGAGUGUGGAGAGAAUCUGCGGGAGCAUCCCAACUUCCACCAGCUCCACUUUGCUGGCAGAGAACUCUGACAUGGGAGAAGAGUAUGAUAUGGAAGGUGAUGUGGACGAGGAGGUUGAGGAUAUCUUACCCCAGCACCUGCAGCCUGGAGCGGGCAUGGAUUUAGGUUCAUCCCCCACCACUUCCCCACGCAGCAGCCCCUGCCCCUCUCCUACCCACGGAGAGUCCCUACCCCCCAUCCGGCCCAACAGAGCCCCUCCACGCACUGCUGGACCACCACAGGGUUUUCCUGUUGAUGGUCAGCCAGCCGGAGGUCCCUUGUCUCAGGGACAAGAGCCAAAACGACCCCCUCCACCACGCCCUAAUGCCCCACCAGCUCGACCUGCACCACCACAGCGCCCACCACCACCCUCAGGACAAAAAAGCCCAGCGUUGGCACACGCGGACGCUGGCCGAGGUCAGGCCACUGGAUCAGCCCCUGGAGGUGCUUCAAGGCCGAUCCCACCCAGAGCAGGAGUCAUCAGCGUCCCUCCUCAAGCCAGACCUCCCCCUCCUGCUCAUCCUGGGGCCCCCAGACCCAUAGCAGAGGUGCAUCCUGGAGCCCCUCGACCCUCACCUGAUAAUCACCCUGGAGCACCACAACCCUUUUUUGAACCCCUAAGCAAACCAUCUAAUCUGCCUCUGGGUCCACCUCCCACACUGCCAGGUCCCUUGAGACUUCAGAUGACAUCACCCAUGCAGCCAACGACUGUAUCUCCAGUGCAGCCUUCCAUCCAACCGCAACUGCCCCCAACCAUACAAUCCCAGCUCCCUGCACCAAUGCAGCCGACCUUUCCCGCCCCUCUGGUGCCUCAGCCGGCCGCUAUGGCCCCCCAGGCACCUUCAGUGGGAGCUUCUGCCGCCCCUCAGCCUGGACUGGCCUCUCCCAAGCCUCCACCCCGGAGUCGGUCGUCCCAUGCACUGCCACCUGAGCCUGCAUCUGCUGCUGCUCCUACAUCUCAGGCCAAGGUCAUGAAUGGAAUCCAAAGAGAAGCACAAUGGAAUCUAGACCCCUUUGAUAUGCUUAACACCCAGUCCAUACUCCAGAACUCAUCAUUCUCCAUGUCCCUCUCUCACUCCUCCUCGUCUUCCUCUACCCCAUCUUCCUCCUCUUCCUGUUCUACGUUACCCAGCUCCCUCUCUCUCUUCUCCUCCUUGCAAAGCCCUCCUUUAGCUCCAGACACGAGCAGUGCUACAUGUCUUCUGCCUCCUCCCUUUCCCUCCCGCAGCAGGUCCCAGGAGACUCUCCGCACAUCCCCCAAUCCAUUCCUUGCCGAAGCUCAACCUAGACCAAACAGCACCAACCCCUUCAAUGGCGGCUUGCUGUCCUCACAGCGCCGAUCGCUCACACCCGAUUUCUACACCCAGCAACAGGCCCAAGCGGCCAAGCCUGUCCUGAACGGGGCGAUGUCUGCUCUGGUUCAAAGUUCUACUCUUCCCCCUUUCUUCUCUGGACAACAAUCCUUAGUUCCCGCUGCAGCACCGGCCCCAGCCAGUCGGACUCAGAAGUGGGUUAAAUUUGACGAUGAUUCAGACUUUCUCCAGUCACGAAAGGUUCAAUCGGGGCCUCUGCUUAUACCUGUAGCCUCAUCUCUUUCCUUCCCACAACCCCAGAGCAGCUUAUCCAGCUCGGGCUUUGGCAUGGACAGCAACUGGUCGUCUCUUCCCACCUCCGCGUUCCCAGCAAUCCCCCCUCGGAUCCCAUCAAGGACUAAUACCAGCAUCAAAAAACCCCACAUCCCUUCCAGAAAUGAAUUCACCGAGAGAUGAAACAGGGUGGUUUAAUGAGCUGAGAGAGUUUGUAUGUAAAAAUAUGGAGGAAAUAUUAUCGCACAACUAUAUUAUGUGUAAGGUUUGUAUAAAAGUGUGAUGGAUCAGAGGUGUUGACCUGUUUAUCUGAAAUUAAUUUAUUAGGCCCUCUCUUUGCCCAAAGCAGACAGCAGACUAGUAGGAUAUCAAGACCGUCCUUAGUGAAUUUGUAUGUUUUUCAGGUUUUAGAGCACUUUCUGGGCAGAGAGUUUGCACCUGCUGUUAUCUACAUAUUAAUCCAUAUAUACGCACACACGUGUGUUAACUUUUACAGUUCAAUGGCCAGAUUUAAUGGUCGAUUUAAUGGUUUAGAUUAAUUAUUACAAGCUUCAUAAUUGGAUAAUAAAGACUCUACAGUCUACACAUUAAAAUAUGUAUCCUAAUGUAGAUUUAAAGGGACGUGCCGAAGGUAUUUUCUGCUGCAAUCAACAUUUUUCUACAAAUGUUGUUGAUUGAGCUUAACUUGUAUUGAACCCAGAACAUUUCAUUUUUUGGCAUUAUGGCAACCAUUAUUGGGCUUGACCUUGAGCCGCAGUCAGAUAUUUUUGUCAUUAAUCUCAUGAAUGUAUCUUUCACCUGCUUCAAUUGCCUAUGUUUGUAUAGCUGUUAAAACCCAGAGAGAGAGAGAGAGUGUGUGUGUGUGUGUGUGUGUGUGUGUGUGUGUGUGUGUGUGUGUGUGUGUGUGUGUGUGUGUGUGUGUGUGUGUGUGUGUGUGUGUGUGUGUGUGUGUGUGUGCACAGAACAUAGAUGUAUGUUUCUGUGCUUUAGUGGAUAGUCCAAAUGUGGGUCUUAAUUGUCUGGGUGUUCACGCAAACAACCCCACCCCAACUAAUGUGCUUGGCUGUCUAAGUUGUUGAAAAAUAUCUUACAUACAUGUUCAUAGUGAAAAUAUAUGUCUUCCUUGUGGGGAAAAAAAUGUGAACUGGUUAUGAAUUGUGUUUAUAUUUGCAGCAUAUACAUGCCAUAUCUUAAGUGCACUGAAGAGCUCUGUCCUUUAGGAUUUCAAACACAGGUUGAAGCCAAAGUUUGUAAUGUUGGGGUUGUGUGGAGAGCAUAUCUGUUUUAUAGGCAUGAGGGCAUUAGAUGCCCAUCUUAUUUAUCAACCCCUUAUAUACAAAUGUGCUUUCAAUUGAUCUGAUCCAAAGCUCACAACAGAACUGCUGUAUUUAACUAAUGAGUUUUAUUUGGUGGGUUCCUCCGUCUGGCUUCCUGGCUUUCUUUCAUGCAAUGGAUGUGUGCUUAUUCGCACAAUGAAAUCGUACUUUUUUCAUUUCAAUGGGCAGGCUCUUCAUUCUCAAAAAUUCUUGAUAGAUGUAUUUAUUGUUAUGUGGAGGAAUACUGUGAUGUAUGUGCGAGCGUGCUGUCUAUUUGUGUGUACUAGCUGUUUGUUCAAGUGUGUUUACGUUGUCAUUUGGAAGGAUUCAAAUAUCUUUGUUAUGAGUUGACUGACCCCAGAGUCAUUAAAACAUUCAGUCACCACGCUGUUUAAAAGUAAUAUUCUGUAUGGUCCUUUUGAAGUAUAUAAUGUUUUAAGGUUCAGUACUUUGAGAGUGUUCUGUUGGUGAAAAGUGAGAAGAUUCUGGGGCAGUUUAGUAUGUUUCAGCCUCAUAAUUCUUUUUGUCAUAGUCAUGUUGAUUGUUUAGCAUGCCAGACUGUAAUGGUGCAUUAUGGUUGAAUGAUCAGCCCUCAGCACUGUUUGAUUUUUGUGUACCGAGUCACUUUGUUCCUCUCACAGUUUUAUGUUAUGCAGGUUUUAUCACUGUACCUAAAGGGCAUACUUAACUAAAUUAUUUUGGGCUAAAGUUUGGGUGUUUCAGAAAAGGAGUGGCAAAAGUAUUUUACUUGUACUUUUAUUCCUUGUUUACAUUUAGGUCAAAUUUAACAUCAGUUUAGUUGUUCAAAUGUGCACCCAGGAAGUGUUGAGCAACAAACUUUGAAUUUUGACUUUAAUUUUGAAAAGCAUUACAGCUUUAUCUUUGAUUAUUGCAGCACUGAAAAGGUUGGGUACACGGUCUCUCUUUGGGUUUUGGUUGUGAAAAGGAUCAGAAGAAUGCCAACUGGUAAGGUUGUGUAUUAAUGCUAUGAGUUAACCAUUGCAAAAUGCAUUCCAAAGCACUAACUGUGAACAUCUCCAGAAUACAGACAGGUAUCAGGCCAUGGAUAAUAUAUAUAUAUUUUUUCUUUUUAAGACUAAUAAGCACUAUAUCACCACUUAAAAAAUAAAGGCAUUAAAUGUAAUUUGUUCAGGUGUUCUGUAUGUAAUGAAAGCAUCUGACACUAGCCAGUGCUAGUUAUUAAUGUUGAAGAAGGUUUUAUAGGAAUUAAUUAACUCCUUUUGUAAAGUUAACGUUCCUUUGUAGCUUUUAGCCCAGCAGUGAUCAGAAGUCUGUGGUAGUAACCUUUAUAUGUAUGUAUACACAAUCCACAAAACUACAAUGCAGUAAUUUAAGUGCAUACCAAAAGUGCACAUUUAUGUAUGGAGCAAUUGAUGUUGUGUGUAUGCAAUAAUAAAUGUAAUUCAACA